AUGUUUCCUGUUUUGGAGCACGAAGAGAUCCUUGAAAAAUGGCCAGAUGUUCGAAGACAGGUCUUGGACAUCCACGAAGUUGAUCUGGUAUCCGUUGGAUGCUGUUGUGCAGGUAGAAAUGAUGGGGCGCAGAAUGAUUAUGCAACUGUGUUGACUUUGGAAAAACCACGAAGCAGAAUUGACUGGAAGGAUUUUAGAGAUGAUGGUGUCAAGAUUAUUGACCGAUUAAGCCUUCCGAUGGUGGCCGUGGAGACUAGCACGGCUGAUCACCCGAGCGAAAAAGAGCUUGAAGUGGAAACGAACCUGGACAGUUUGCAUAGACUCAAUAAGUUCUAUCAGUCAGUUGCACCCAGGGUCAGCAAUGACGCAUGGGGAGCUCUGGCCGGGUUCAUCGAGUUGUUAGGAUUGCCAGACGGGAAAUGGAUGCCAUUUAUCUUGACUUGUUAUCAUUGCACAAUGUCGGACCCCCUGCGCGAUGGCAUUAUCAUGGAAAUGAUGUAA